CGCUGUCAACGCGUGACACACGCUUCAGAGCACGGUUCUGCCUGCGACUGCCUGGGAGGGAGACGACCGGGCAGGAAAGGACUUUUCUGUUAGAUCUUCGGAAAGCUGCAAGAGAUUCGGGUAAUACCGUCUGGAACACAGCGGAUGCCAGUGGGUGAAGUCAAGAGAGUACGGUACACCCUCUCUAACAAGACAGGGCUGUUCUGUACUGUCCUCUUUCGUCUGAAGUUUUGAGAGGAAAACUUGCCUGAGGCUUUGCACUGUGAGGAAGUUUUCUCGAUAGUCAGCGUUUUGUGGCAUAGUAUGGAUUUGACAACAUCACAACAUAAUCAUCUACAAAAUGAACUGAUAAGAGAAUUGGAAAGACAGGAAGGAGAAAAAGAAGAUGAACAGAUAGUUGCAGAAAUCAUGAGAAGGCGUUUUUUUCCUGCUCUUAUAACUCAUAAGUCCUGGGAAGGCUUUCACUUUGCUGGCCAUGAGAUAAGAAUUACAGAAGCCACUGAUUGUUACGGGGCAGUCGUCUGGCCAUCGGCUCUUGUUCUGUGUUAUUUUUUGGAAACGAAUUCUAAACAAUACAAUUUGGUUGACAAAAAUGUGAUUGAAAUUGGAGCUGGAACUGGGUUGGUCUCCAUAGUAGCCAGUUUACUGGGUGCACUUGUGACUGUCACUGAUUUGCCAGAACUGUUGGGAAACCUUCAGCAUAACGUUCUCCAAAAUACAAAGCUGAAAUGCAAGCAUCAGCCUUGCGUUAAGGAAUUGUCUUGGGGAAUUGAUCUGGAAAAGAACUUUCCUAGGUCUUCCUGUCACUUCGACUACAUUAUGGCUGCUGAUGUAGUUUACCACCAUCCCUUCCUGGAUGAACUCCUCCUAACUUUUGAUCACUUGUGCAAGAAUGACACUGUUAUUUUGUGGGCUAUGAAGUUUAGGUUGGACAAAGAGAACCAAUUUGUGGGCAGAUUUCAGACACUGUUUGACUUAGAGGUGAUUUCUAAUUUCCCCAGUUUGAACAUAACCUUGUAUAAGGCAAUGAGGAAAGGCAGGAUGAAAACCAGACCUUCCAAACUGAUGGUCUGAAAGAGAGAUACAGGGAGGUGAAAGUUUCAGCUGUUCUGCAGCGUGUUCUCUUUUUAAAUAAUUUCCGUGUUAGUAGCUGCUAACAGCUGCAUGAAUGACAAUUUUAGACAGCUAAAACGAAACAUCAGAUUCCUAGUGCAUCCCUAACAAAUUCCUAAAUUCAAUUUGCCAAUAGUUUUAAACACAG